GGUAGAUGUAAAAAACAUAGCGACCCCUGAACGACUAUCACUCGCUAUCUGAUCGAAAAAGAACAUAAGCAGCAUAUAAUUUUCGCGCGGAGCUGGUGUCCAUAUACUUUUAAAGAGUGUGAUAAGUUAAUUUUCUUAACAAAUAUCGUGUUAAAUAAAGUGAAAAUGCCGCCAAAGAAGCGGGACAAAGAACUGGAGAGCCAAAAAACUCCGCGAAUGGAUCAAAUACAAGCUGACCAUGAGUUGUUUCUCCAAGCCUUUGAAAAACCAACUCAAAUAUAUCGCUUUUUACGUACAAGAAAUCAAAUUUCGCCGGUAUUUUUGUAUCGAAAUUUAUCAUAUAUGAAAGAACGCAUGUCAAGGAGUCACAAAACUCGUUGUGGAUUUAGAGUUAAAUCGAUAUUAGAAAAGUUGAUGUUGAAAAAUAGUGGUCAAAAUCCAGAAGUCCAUGGCUAUAUGACACUUACUUUUCUAGGCUUUUAUGAUAAGAAAAUCGAGGUAUCUCAAGAUCCCGUUAAAGUAGAAACACUAUUAUUAAAAAUAUGUCACAAAAAGCGAAAAGAUGUGACUUCGCCGAUAAUGCAGGUAUCGGUUGGAACAAGUGAAGUUCCAAUCAAUCCAUCGGAGGAUCAUCCUCCACCAAAAGCACCCACUAUUUCCAUACCUAAUGAAUCAUUUAGCUUGGACAACGGCCAUGUUGCAAAAACUUAUAUGCUGCUCUUAAGAGUUUACUGUAUGUCUAAUAAUAACAGCUGCCUUAUCAGUAACUGUGAUUUAGAUACAGAACCAGCUCAAAAACGACGCAAGUCUUCACCAGGAAACUACAAAUGCGGAGAACAAGUAAAACUUUACGGUUCAGAAUUGAUCGUUUACGAUAAGCACAAUCGUUGCCUAUUAACAGACGGUGAUUAUGAAUUGGGUUUACAAGAAGUUCAAACAAACGUUCGAUCAAGUCCUAAGAAACAUAGCUCUUGGGAACCAAUUGUUGAUAUCAAAGAGUCGGGUCCUUUUGAAGUGUUCAGUCUAAGUCCGACAUUAAAAUUUAGACUUAGUUGGACGGUCGAACCAAGCAAUGGCCUCGUCGAUAGACCCACACUUAUUCAUCCGAUACCUAAUGGUGAUAACAAAGAAAAUCGUUCAGAAAACAUAGAUUUAGAUCGAUGUGGUACAAAUAAUAAUAAUAAUAAUAAUAAUAAUAAUAUUAACAAUAAUAAUAAUGAUAAUAGUAGUAAUAUGAGUAGUAAUAAUAAUGCCCUUCAAAAUUCAAAUUCACUAACCCCGUCGAAAAUGUCUUCAUACGAAAAAAUAUCAAAGUCAGAUGGAGCUCAGCAGAUUGUCUACCAAUUUUUGUAUAAUAACAAUAGUCGUCAACAAACUGAGGCAUGCGAGGAUCUACACUGUCCUUGGUGUUCGUUGGACUGCGGCAAGCUUUACUCUUUACUAAAACAUCUUAAACUUUGCCAUUCGCGUUUCACUUUUACAUAUGUGCCAAUAUCACAGGGUGCACGGAUCGAUGUCGCUAUAAAUGAGUGUUAUGACGGUUCUUAUGCAGGAAGUCCUCAUGAACUUAUAUCACAACCUUCUGGUGUUGCAUUUUCACGUACUGGACCUACAAGACGUACAAGUGUAACAAAUAUUUUAGUGUGUAGACCAAAGCGAACUAAACCCAGUCUUUCAGAAUUUCUGGAGCUCGACGAAAAUGAAUUUGAAAGUCAGCGGCCUUAUAUAACUGGUCAUAACAGACUUUAUCACCAUACAGUAACGUGCCUACCAAUUUACCCAAAGGAAAUGGAUAUUGAUUCAGAGGGAGAAAAUGAUCCUAAAUGGUUGCAAACCAAAACUAUGAUGAUGAUCGAUGAUUUCACAGACGUAAACGAGGGCGAAAAAGAAUUGAUGAAAAUGUGGAAUUUGCAUGUUAUGAAAUACGGGUACGUUGGCGAUUGUCAGAUACCUUUAGCCUGUCAAAUGUUUUUGGAAUUCAAAGGAAAAGAAUUACUGAUGAAAAAUUUGUAUCGCAAUUUCGUUCUGCACAUGAGCAGCCUUUUCGAUUUCGGGUUGAUAAGUCCCGUGAUUUUGUAUCAGACUAUUCAGAAACUCCAGGAAAUAAUGAAAGAAGGCGGCGAAGAAGGAGAUGUUAGAAAAAUAUUACGAAAAUCCCAUGAAGCUCAAGUUGAACGUUGGGUUUCUACAGGCAUGUACGCAUCCGAGAAUCAAAAAUCCUCUAACGCGAGCGUCAAAACUCAUUUUAAUAAUGAAGUCUGCAAUUCAAAUGCUAGACGAAAAACUUGCAUGCAACUGGGAUCACCACCGUCUUCACAGGCCGUGAAACCGGUCCACAAUACGGUCAGCAAACAUGCGAGCAUGACCAGCACACCAUCGACAAAAUCCAUCCUAUCAAAUACCAACCCAACGUCCAUCCCGUUUGCGUCAGUGCAGAACACGUUGAAGAAAAUGACAAACGACGUUACUGUAUCUAGUAGCAACGUAACCAAAGUGUCGGAGGUCAAUGGAAGUUCGAACAACUCGAGUCAGAGCGAUCGACAAAGUGAUCCACCGGCUAGGAGGAAAAGUACCAACUCGAUUGUCCUGUCAACGAACAAUAUGGUGCCGUUGCGAAGGAAGUCGAUGGCUAGCGACAGUGCCAACACUGAAUACUAUCGAAGAAAAUUACUUCUUGACGCCAUACCACCCGGAAAUGGUGUCAAUCAAAAAGCGGCUGUCAAUGGUGAUACUUUCUAAGAACAAUGCGGGAUUGUACUUUUCUUUUGUACAGUAUUUGUUACGGAUAAUCACUAUCAAAAUUAUAGUAAUUAUAACUAAUUGAUAGCAUGGUAUUUUUCAUUGUUUUAGUUUUAAGUUUAUUUUCAUAUUUAAUAUCAGCGACACGAAAAAAAUUUUAGGUUUCUUUAUUACAAAUUAAGAUUAGCAGAAUAUCGAUCGUCGUUCUCAGUAAAAAUUACUUGGUUACAUUUUUGCAAAUUAUACUGUGCUAAGCGCAUAAGUGGUAACACUGGGGUAUUCUUGUAAAGAGAUUAUUCUUGUUUGAAAUGCUAUGGGGUCAUAGUUAAGCCGGAUCAUGUUGGCCACCUACAGAAUUGAAAUGAAUAUGGAAACAUUACUAUGGUCAUGGUAAAAUUUACGACGAAUUUUUUUUUUAUGGCAUCCAAAAAUUUAAAGUAUAACUAAAAAUAAAAAUUUUGGUUGCAAUCCGGGCUCUUAAUAAUGAUAUUAAGGUUUGCGUCAAUCAAUUUUUCUAUUUUCCAUUUAAAUAAUACGGGUUAAAAAAAUUUUUGUUUUUAAGGAAUUUUCUAGUUCACAAACCAAUCAACGGAUUUUGAUACAUAAUGAUUUUUUUUGUAGGAAAUUAAACGCUCUACAAAAAAAGUCUCUUAUCAUUUUUUGAUAAAUCCCAUUGUUCAAAAGUUAUUUAAGCUUCAAGUCAAAUUUAUAAUAAAUUUUGAGAUUAUUAUACUUUUCUGGCGAAACUAUCAGUCUUAUCGAAAAAUAUCAUUGGAACUUGUUGCUGAUAAUUUUAUUUCUUACAAAUUAUAACGAAUAAAGUUUUUCGAAAUUCCGCAUUGUUCACAAGUUAUUUUCAUUUCAAUGUCAAGCUCUUAAAAUCAAUCAGAAAACUGCUUUUUUAAGAGCUUGACAUUAAAAUGAAAAUAACUUGUCAACAAUGCGGAAUUUCGAAAAACUUUAUUCGUAAUAAUUUGUAAGGAAUAAAAUUAUCUACAAAAAGUUCCAUUGACAUUUUUCGAUAAGACUAAUACAUUCGCCGGAAAAGUAAAAAAUCUCAAAAUUUAUUAUAAAUUUGACUUGAAGUUAAACAACUUUCAAACAAUGGGAUUUAUCAAAAAAUGAUAAGAGACUUUUUUUGUAGAGCGUUCAAUUUCGUACAAAAACAUUCAUGGUGCAUAAAAAUCCGUUGAUUAGUUUGUGAGCUAGAAAAUUCUAAAAAAAAAAAAAAAAUUUUUUUCCCGGGUUAUUUAAAUGGAAAAUAGAAAAAUGGAUUGAGGCAGACCUUAAUAUCAUUAAUAAGAGCCCUGAUUGCUACCAAAAUAUUUAUUUUUAUACUUUCAAUUUUUGGAUACCAUAAAAAAAAUCUAUUUCUUUUGAAACACCCUAAUGAUCAUAGUAAUUUUCUUAUCCGUUUUCUUGAUGAAAAACUCUGAUUAAAUCUGAUAGGAAUUCAAUGGGAUUUCUAUAAAAUUCAAUCAGAAACAUUCAACCUCAAUUACAUUUAAUAAAAAAAAAUAUUUAUUUUAAAUUUUUCAAUCAGAUUAAAUCGGAAAAUAAUAAUUUUUUUUAUCAACUUUGAAUCGGAUUCAGUAGAAAAUUUUCUAUUAAAUCCAAUUAGAAUUUUCCAUUUUUCUAUCGAAGUUUUUAAUCAGGAAAUAUAAUUUUUUAUACAAACUUACAUAAAAAAAAUAUUUUUUAUCUUAAUUUUUGAAAGUAUCAGUCUUCUCUUACAUUUUUUUUAUGAAAUUGCGCGGUUUUUGCGUGACAAUAAUUCAAAAAUUUAUCUUGAAAAUGUGGAGUUACGUAAAUUUCUACUGAGAAUAACGCGAUAUCUAAAAUUUAUUUCCUACAAUCGACUUAAGUCGUAAAAAUUUUAAUUUCUAAAGUCACUAAAAAACAGUUGGUUCAAUUCUUUAAUAAUUUAAUUUUUGCUUCCAUUUAGUAUCUAUAGAAUACAAACAAAAAAUAAACUUACGUAUACAUUAUUUAUACUAGUCAAAUAUCUGCUGCCCAUAUUUGUCAAAUGUACUAUUUUUUUUUUUUAUUAUUGAAAAUUUUGAAAUUAUGUUUUGAAUUUAAUUUUAUAGUGUAAUUAAAUGAUUUUUAUUAACACUUUGAAAUAUUAAAGGUAAUUGUAGUUCGAUUUUUAUAAUUAUAUUUUUUUUUUUUUAUGAAUCUUUAUCCAUCGCUAUAAGUGUCAAGAUAUCUGCGGAUAAAUGUAUCGAUAAUUAUUGAUGUAUAGUUUAAAUAAUUUAUGAGUUUAUAAAAGACUCGAUCAUCGACACAGAAGGAAAGUGCCUUCAAAAAAUCCGUUUAUGAGAGUGCUAUCAUUCCUACACUAUGCUCUCUUUUCACGUUGAAACAAUUAAUGAUUAUCGUAAAUCGUUAACAUUCAUGGAAUAUGUCCGUGGGUUAUACAUUUUGGUAUUCUAUAUAUCAAUAAAGAUUUGAUAAUCAUCACUAACAUUUGUAUCAUAUAAUAAAUGUGUGAUAAUUGCUGCCUAUAAUUGCAUUUUUUAUUGUCUGAUAUUUAGGUUUUAAAAUAAUUAAGAUAAAGUACCCGAUAUAGAUAAAAGCCCUUAUACCCCGUAUGAAAAAACAAUAUAAGGUUAAAAUAUAUACAAUCAUAUAUGUUUGCAAUAAAAAAAUAUAUGAUAUAUUAUAUUGUAUAUUAUGAAAAAACAUACAGCGAUUUUGGCCGAUUUAAUAUAAAAUUAUACACAGUAGUAAAUAUAUGUAUUCCAUAUAUGUAACUUAUAUGUUUUUUAUAUGAAGCUAUAUAUACAUUUACAUGUACCUUAUAAUAUAUUGUAUUGAUAUAUUUUCUUUUAUAUUCAAAAAAUAUAAAAUUUUUAUAUGAAAUGAAAUAUAUGGUAGCAUAUAAUUUAUAUUAUAUAUGGCACCAUAUAUUUUCUUUGUUAUAUUUUAGCAUAUGUCUUAUUCGGUGUAUGUAUAUGUAAAUGGGUACAUCAUAUAUUCGCAUCAAAUCAAUUAAUUUUGAAAAUUUUAUCUGCAAUUUAAAGAGUAUAUUAAAAUUUAGAUCUAAUUUAAUUGGAGUUGGUCAUACGAAUAAGAAAAUUUUUUUUUUCCAUACACAAUAUAUGUUUUUAUAUAUGAUCAAAGUAUAUAUUUCGUAUAUGAUAGAAGUAUAUAUUU